ACAAAACGCUCCUGGAAUACAAUUCACUCAUUCAGUUUUUACCAUUCAUUCAUUCUGUUAAAUGACAGUUUGUUGACUUUGUUGUCCAGUCUUCAUUCACUCACAGAUGGACUCUGGAACAAAAAUGUCAUCUGUUAUCAAAAUUUUAUCAAAAACACCUGAAAUAUGAAUGAUAACACGUGUUUAAUAAUGAGAUUACGAACCAUAUCCUCUAAAUAGGAUUCGUGCAGCAAGUCAGUGGUUGUAACUAGGAUCAAAACCAGGAAGUUACAAUAAUAAUUCAAUAAUUCCGGCUUAAAGGUGUCGGGGUCCAGCAAGAUGGCGUGCUGAGUUCGUCGUCCUGUUUACAAUCAUUCCAUUAUAAAAACAGUAAAGUAAAAUGGCAAGAUACUUUGAAAAUACUAGUACAUUCAACUUCAGUUGGGACCAGGUGGCAUCUGGCUAUUGGAAAAGAUACCCUAAUCCACAGAGCACCCAUGUUCUGUCAGAAGACACAUACUGCCGGCAAGUCAAAGAUGGAUGUCUGUACACCAAGAGGCUGCUCACGAAGACCAACAGGGUGCCCAAAUGGGGGGAAAGGUUCUUCAGCGCGAAGUCUGUCAAAAUCGUCGAAGAGAGCAUCGUGGACCCGGAGAAGAAGGUUCUCGUCACAUACACUAGGAACUUAGGGUACACUAAAGUUAUGAGCGUAAUAGAACGCGUGGAGUACCGCAGCGCAGGUACAGGCUCGACCGUAGCGAAGCGCUCCGCCUGGAUCGAUUCGCAAGUCUUCGGCUUUUCGCGCGCCAUUCGCGCGUUCGGCGUCGAUAGGUUCCGCAAAAAUUGCACGCAAAUGUACAACGGCUUCAACGGCGUCCUCCACAGCCUGUUCCCCAAGCAGCCGCACGCGCCGGCGCCGCUGUCGCCGCUGCAGUCGCUGCACAGCAUGCGCGACGCCGCCGCCGCCGCCACCGACCGCGCCAAGCGGAACGUGCUGUCCUCUGUUAACCGCACUUAACAGGAUGACUUGAAGACAGGCAGAGACAGUUAAGUGCUAGUGAAGAAUAGACUUUGUGUCGACGCGUUAAGGUUCAUAUUACUAUUGGAAUAUAUGGAAAGUGUAGUACGAAAUAUC